AUGGCAACUUUUUCAGCUACUGAACCAGAUAAGCCUACAACUUCUACAGACUCUUUAGCCACAGAUCCAGCUUACUGGUGUAAAAUUGAUGAGACUGGUGAGAACGGCAAAUCUGCUUUCCUCCGACAAGAGAGCCUUAUUAACGGAGAAGAGUUCAGCCAUAAAGAGAUGCUUGAAUCCAGAGAAGCAGUUUACGAAAACAUAAUACAGCCAUCUUUCACAUCAUCUGUAGCCUAUUUAAAAUGUAGUACAGGCUAUUUUAAUACAUCACCAUGCACAUUUCAACUCUACUCUAGUGCUAUUGUCUCUCUCUGGAAAGAUUCUGGGAUUCAAGAAACAUAUCAAAGGAGAAGUGAAUUUCAGUUGAUAAGUUAUAUACCGAGCAAUCAGGACAUUCUUUAUGCACACAAAUCAAUGAAAGCCACUGCAGAGCAUUAUUUUAUGUUCCGCAAUAUCUCCUUUAUGAUAACCAAUGUGGGUGGCUUGUGCUUUCAGAAGCCAAGAUUGUUCCAUUACUUUGAUAACAUAAAUGUUAUCCUCUUCAUGGCAUCCUCUAGUGAGUUUGAUCAAAUACGAAUGGAGGACAACUGUACCAACUGCCUUGUUAAGUCCUUGAACAUGUUUGAGACCAUCAUCAACAACUUCCUCAAAACCUCCAUUAUCCACUUUCUCAACGAAACAGACCUGCUGGAAGAAAAAGUGUGCAAGGUGGAUAUCCGGCAAAAUUUUCCUGAAUUUCAAGGUGACCCCCCCCGCAGGAUGGAGGAUGUGCAGGCUUUCUUAGUCCAAUGCUUCAGAUGGAGAAGGAACCACAGCCAGCUGCUUUUCUAUCACUUUACGACUACUGUGAACACCGAGAACAUUCGGUUUUUGUUCCAUGAUGUUAACGAAACAAUAAUAAUAGACAAUAAUAGAACCUCAAAAACCUCAUAAUUCAGUGAAAAGCAUUGUUACUAUAAAUCUCACUUUCACAUUCUUUUUCUUUUGUUUUUGGCGAUUCGCAUUCUUCGUGUAUUUCGCCACCUACUGGGCAGGGAGGAGAAUUUAUAUUAAAAAAGGACUUAAAUACUGAUCAGUUUCUCACCCACACCUAUCAUAUCGCUUCUGAAGAUAUGGAUUUAACCACUGGAGUCCUAUGGAUUACUUCUAUAGUGCCUUUAUGUGCUUUUUGUAGCUUCAAAAGUUUGGUACCCAUUCACUUGCAUUGUGUGGACCUCCAGAGCUGACAUAUUCUUCUAAAAAUCUUCAUUUGUGUUCUGCUGAAGAAAGAAAGUCACACACAUCUGGGAUGGCAUGAGGUCGAAUAAAUGAUGAGAGAAUUUUAAUUUUUCGGUGAACUAUCCAUUUAACAAAUGGAACCUUAUUGUAAAGUGUUACAGAAUUAUGUCAGAUUACAGAAUUAAAACGACGUUUCAUUUCGACAUUACUUAUUUGAACAAGUUCCAAGUUGUUGAGUCUUUUCAUGCCAUAAAGAGUGAAACAACCAGUCAAAAUAAAGCAAACAUUUUUAGUAAAAUGGCAGAAUAGUGAUUACGAUAAUUACUGUAUAUUGAUGAGCUUUUGUGCCUCAGCACUGUUAUGGUCUUGUAUUGGUCAUUAAAUGGCCAUAAUAAUCAUACUAAAAUGGUGAAAACUCAUACAAUGAAAUAUUGUUGCUUUUCUGUAGCUCCCUCUGACUACAGAAAUAUGUUUUGUUUUAAGAAUAAAUUGUGCA